UGCUCGAGCGGUCUCGGCAUAUAUGUAUUAUGUCCAGUCGACCACCUGUUGACCUGACUAUCUCUUCUUGCCUCUAAAAAUCAUGGUCACUUCUUGCCAUUUUUCCUCUUCCCUUGCUUUUCAACCCCUCAAGACCCCUAAAUCGCCCAUUGACUUCUCAUUCGCACGGUUCAGAAAUCUGACCUGUACUUCCGCACUCGAUGCCCCGAAACCGAAGCCUAAAUUCGCCCCGGAUAGGCACAAGGCUAGCACUAAAAGCCGCAGAAAAUCUUCUUACGGCAUGUCGAGAAGGUCACUUCUCAAGAAAACAUUCAAUCAAGAGCAAGUGAACUUCACUGCUCCCAUUUCGGAUGACCCAGUUGUUGGCAUUAUCGGAGGUGGCGUGUCGGGAAUAAUUUGCGCCAUGUAUUUGGAGAAGCGUGGUGUACGGUCCACUGUAUUCGACACGGGUAUUCAUGGUGUGGGAGGAAGAAUGGGAACCCGAGUUAUUGAUCCGCAGCCUUUGAUAUUUGACCACGCAGCCCAAUUCUUUACGGUGAAUGAUUCACGGUUUAGUGAGCUGCUUGAUGGUUGGUUGGACAAGGGUCUGGUCCAAGAGUGGCAGGGUACAAUCGGAGAACUUCAUAAUGGUGGUCAUUUUGUUCCAUUUCCACCAUCUCCUUCAAGAUAUGCAGGCACAAAUGGAAUGCGGCCACUCGCUCAUUCAUUACUGUUCGAGACUCACAUGGUUAGUGUGGUGAGACCAUGCUGGAUCAGUAAACUCGAGCCAUUCAAUGGGAUGUGGCACUUGAGUGAGAAUGGGAAACCUUGUGGGAAGUUUGAUGCUAUUGUUAUUGCACACAAUGGAAAAUGUGCAAAUCGCUUGCUUAUGUCAUCAGGGCUACCACUAGUCGCUGAGCAAAUGAAGAGGUUAGAGUUGAGUUCAAUAUGGGCCCUUUUAGCAGCAUUUGAUGAUCCACUUCAUCUCCCGGGCAGCACAGCUGCAAUACCUUUCGAAGGAGCUUUUGUGAAAGGAGUUGAUUGUCUUUCACGGAUGGCCAAUAAUACCAAAAAACUGCUGAAGUCCCAAAGUGGUGGUCCUCACUGUUGGACCUUUUUGAGUACUGGCGCUUAUGGAAAGCAAAAUAAGGUUCCGCAGGAAAAUAUCCCUACUGCAACUGCAACGAAGGUAAAGGCAGGCAUGCUAGAGGGUGUUGAGGCUGCUCUUGGAUUAUCAAAAGGAUCGCUUCAAAAACCAUUCUAUGCCAGGCUCCAAUUAUGGGGUGCAGCUCUACCAACAAAUACACCUGGCAUUCCCUGUAUCUUUGAUCCUUAUGGAAGGGCCGGUAUAUGUGGUGAUUGGCUGCUAGGUUCAAGUAUAGAGGCAGCAGUGCUAAGUGGAAUGGCUCUCGGCAACCAUAUUGCAGACUAUUUCCAACAUGGAGUUAAUCAUCCUUCAGAUUUUGCUGUUGGUUUGGAGCAAGAAUUUCAACCGCUCACAAGUCAUGAUAUUGGACAAUUUCCAGGCUUAGAACCACGAGAAAAAAUGAACGAGAUUGAGAUACCUCGGCCUGUAGAAUAGACCUUCCUCCGAUUACUAGGUACUAAACUGUGGUUACUCAUUUACUCCAUAUCGACUGGCUAGGAAACAAAGAAUCUGAAUUUGCUGGAAUCAAAAUUGCAACUAGAAACAUUCUUUCAUUAGCAAAUAAACGAACUAUAAUCCUUUCCAUUCUACAAA